AUGACUAUUGCUUACGAUAUGCUUGAAUCUCUCAAAGAGAUGUUCGAUGAGCAAAAUCGUGCUGCAAAGCAGACGACUAUGAAAGCCCUUUUGACCAUGAAAAUGGUUGAAGGAACUUCGAUAAGGGAACAUGCUCUUAAAAUGAUGAGUCUAUUGAACGACCUAAAAAUUCUUGGUGCAGUUAUUGAUAUGGAAUCUCAGGUUGAGAUGGUCCAGCAGACUCUGCCGGUCAGUUUUCAGCAGUUUUUCUUGAAUUAUAACAUGAAUAAAAUGGACUUAUCUCUUGUGAAACUCUUGAAUGAGCUGCAAGCGGCAGAAUCUAUCAUUAAGUAA